CUGUGGGGAAAACAUCUCGGGGUUGGUGGUGGACUCAGCGUCCCGACCCCACCCCUAAGUCCCGCUUCUGGAUUAACUAACAAUUUGUAUUUAAACUGUUCAAAAUGGCGCGCCGGUGUAUAUCGAUCUAGCCGAGUCGCUGUUACGGAGACUCACGUGGUGGGAGAGACCUAGCGAGAAAGAGACGGCGACACGGAGGGAGAGAGAGAGAUAACCCGGCAGUCUAGAUUCCAAUUCCAGUUGCGAGAGAGCGAGCGAGUGUGAUUGUACGUACACGCCAUGGCCAGCACUGAACCGCUAGUCGUAGUAGCAGUGGAUGGGAGCGAGCACUCGGAGUAUGCCUUUGAAUGGUACAUGCAGAACUUCCACAAGGCUGGAAAUCGACUUCUUCUAGUGCACUGUCCAGAGGCGUUUGGCAAUGUCACCAUGAUGAGUCCCCAGAAGGUGCAGGAGCUCAUUGAGAAGUGUGAGGAGAAAUGCAGAAACAUCGAGGAGAAGUACCAGAAGAAGCUGGAUGCUUACCAUGCUAAAGGCGACUUUGCUCGACUGGAUGGGGAAAAGCCCGGAUCGUCAAUCGUCGAAUGUGCUAUAUCCCGGAAUGCCUUGUUUAUCGUCACCGGAACCCGGGGUCUCGGCAAGUUCCGGCGGACCAUCAUGGGCAGUGUGAGCGACUACGUGAUCCACCACUCCCCCGUGCCUGUGCUAGUCUGUAAACAAAAGGACAAGGAAGGCCAUUGAGGAAUUCGCCCUCAUACACUGACUUAAUCAUUAGAACGUCUGGUCGACUUGCAAACAAAUCAUAACACGGCUUUUAGGACAGAGAAACAUAAUAUGGGUUUCACGGUGGAAUAAUGGUGGCGUUUAUGACGGAAUUAUUGAUAAAAUAUUAGAAAUGUAUAGUGUUAAAUACGCGUAGCGAAUCCAGCAUUUUGGAUGAAAUGUUAAUAAUCAAGUUUUUGAAAAACUACUCAGCAGUCGUUUGUUUUAGGUAUCAAUAGUCAAGGACAUAUUUUUAAAAAUCAAUCACUUCAAGUAAACAAAACGUUAAACUGCGGAACAGAAUCCAUUAAUGAAUGGUCUUUCUAGGACCAUGACUAAUUACACUACUUUUACGACAGUAUAUACUGUCGUAAAAGUUGUGAAAAAUCAUUUAUUUAACUUUAAUUUUUGAUGGAAUGAAUGAAUGAUGUAUUAAAUGGCUGCUUGUUUAACGACACCCCCGCAUACAAAACACAUCGGCUAUUGUGUGCUAAAAAAAGAUACGCACAUGGAUAUCAUAAUACAUGUAGAUGUAUGAUAAAUAUAAUGUGCACUAUCUAGAUGUAAUCAAGUCAAUACUUUUAUCCCUUCUAAAAUAUUGUCUCAAAACCAAACCAAUUUCAAGAAAUGUUUCUUGAAUAUGUAUAAGAUCGUAAAAGACAUGUCUCAUUUCAUCAGCAGAAACCCUUUUAAAAUGGUGGGUGGGGGAGAUAUUGUUGCAUUAUCAUAAUCGGCUCCCGCACUGACAGUCUUGCUAUUUAUACGGCGGUUGUUUUACAACAUAGUAGUGUUAUUAACGAAGCAAUAAACAUUCUAUUUGAUCACCUGGUUUGAUCGUUAUUACUGAGUGUGUACAAGCUAUUUUCAUUAUUGAAAAUGAAUCUGUUUGAGCAUCUGGUCUGAUCGCUACUACUGGAUUUGUAUAAGCUAUUUUCAUCAUUGAAGAUGAAUCAUUUGUCACCAACUGGUGACCAUCAAGUUAUAUAAUGCGUGAAUGUUGUUAACUGAAUGCGUGGACAUAUAGGAUAUCGUUAAUAUAUUAGCUGCUUGCAAAAUGCUAAAUAAUGUUUAGAGCUUACAAGAUCAAUCACAAUGUAAUAAAAAUAAUAGUCAACUACAAUCAAUUGCUGUUGGUAUUAUAUUUUUAUUAGUUGCAUACAUUUGAUUAACACGAUCAAGGUAUUAGUUAUUAAAUUUUUCAAAAAGGAAUGUUGUGGUGGUUUUGUCUAAAAGACCGGUUACUAUUUCAAAUACAUCUCUCAAUGAUUUGGUACCGGUAGUUACUGUUGGGAAAAAAGCAUCUUAGCUCCUGUGACGGUCACCAAGAUAAUACUGAUUGAAAAUGGGUGGAAUAAUCACGUCUCCGCCCUAUAUGUUAAACAUUGAUUUCUGGUGCUUUAAUCCCGCUAACUUUUCCAACAAUAAAAACUUUGGUUCUAAACGUAGUAGAAAUAACCCACUUGGUGGUCAACUUUGCACCUAAUAAAAUAACGAAUUAUAUAUAUUGGAUAUUACUGUUGUUUUUCAUGAUUAAUUAUUUGAUUGGAUCCAGCUAUUUGGAACACGACCGUGGUGUUAUGUUUUUGAUAGAUUUAGUGACAUUUUAUUUUUAAUUGUGAUGAAUGGGGAUUACAAAUUACAAAUGUUAUGCAUGAAAUUAGACCAGAAAGAACAACAUCUCGUAAAUCGAACUGCAGUAUUUAUGGUAGAUAAUAUGUCUUUUUAUUUAAGUUUAUUAGUAUAUAUAAGUUAAGUUAAGUAUAUAUAGGUUAAGUUAAGUCUAUAUAGGUUAAGUUAAGUCUAUAUAGGUUAGGUUAAGUCUAUAUGGGUUAGGUUAAGUCUAUAUGGGUUAAGUUGUAGGCCUGAUAGUUUGUUUUCAACUAUAUAUUGUAAACGUAAGAACAUCUUUCACCCCAUACUGGAUUUUUGUUAUUUUGAUAUUUAAUUAUUUAUUAUGUUUAGAUAUUUUAAGGUUAUGUUUGUAUGAUUGGAAAGUAACUCUUGGAACAGUGUAAAACAUGCGAUACAACAGUAUUGGUAUUCACAUAUACCAAUAUCAAUUCACAUAAUUAUCAGAUAGGUGGGUGUAAAAUAAAUAAUUUGGUGAAUAUGAAUUCACUGAUUAGUUUUAUAUUGACUGUAAUUAAUACAAAUUCCAUUUAGGCCACGAAAUUUUCAAUAGCUUAUCAGGAAUACUUAUCAUAUUCAGUAGAUGAAAACAAAUGUAGGACCUAGAUAAACUUAGACUUGAAAUUUUUAUAUUGUAAACUUUUAAAUAAAACAAUUUUUAAGAGGGAAAAUUCUGUUUGUGUCCUUGGUAGGUUUUUUGUUGUUAAUAUUCAUUAAGCGACAUUUUGAUUUAAUUAUUAACGUUAACGUGUUAAAGCAUUUUUGUCAAUUUGAUUUGGAAGACGUUAAUUUCGUUAGUGUCAAAAGAGUUGUUUCCCUUAAAAACAUAUUACGCAUUAUAGCCUUAUACAAAUUCACAGGAUCGAUUCACAAAAGGUUCACUUCUUAUAUUAUAAACACAACACAGAACAAUCAACAACACAUAUUUGAAACAAUAAUUUUUUUAACCAUCAAAUAAUUAAGUUUACUCUUUUUAUUUCUUCUCAGAACAAAACAAGCCUGUAUCCGUAAUUUGUUUUUAUAUUUCCAUUAUUGUAGGCGUAUUCAAUUCAAAGUUAUGUUUAUUAUUAUCGUUUAUAACCAUCUCCUUUUUCACAAAUAUUUUUCCUGAAAAUAAAGAAGAUAAAAUGUG